CGGAGCGAGCCUCUGUGCCUCUGUGUCUGUGGUGCCCUCCUCAGCCUCCACAAGCAUCGGACCGGGACGACCGACGGCGGCACAUGCACCAUGCAUGCAAGCCGUCGCAAGGUCAAACCGCUGGAGGGUCAACCCCCGGACGGCCUCUCCUCUCCUCUCCUCUCCUCUCCUGGUGUAUGUAGGCCAGGCUCUUAGCUAGCUGUAAUGGAACUGUAAUCCGUAACUGACACCAACUGCAAGCGCAGGCGUGGACGCAUCCAUCUCUCCCGGUUCGCCGGCGGCAGACGUGGACGCAUCCAUCUCUCCCGGCCCGGUUCGCCGGCCCGUCCGCCACGCUCUGUCCGAGGAGCUGUUCGUCACCAUCUUCUCCAGCAAUCGAUCCUUAUUGUCUAUUUUCUUGGGGGGAAGGAAGUACAUCCAUCGAUCCAUGGUUGAGAGAGAGGAUUAUUGUCUAUUUUGUCUUUAUUAUUGAUGAAAGAAGCGAUGGUGAAUAGCUCGUCCCAGCUGCGACGGUGACUCUGUCGCCCAUAGAUCCUGCAAGCACGGCGGUGCGGCUAAUUAAGAAUAAGCGAAGCCAUGGCGAGCACCGGAGGCGGGGGCGGCACGCCGUUCCUGCUGUCGCCCGCGACGGGGCACGCCGCCACGCCGUCGUCCUCCGCGGUCCACGACGUCGAGGCCGUGGGCGCAGGCGCUGGCACCGGCACCGGCGCCCACCACCGGGCCGGCAAGUCAACGCCAGCUCCCGACGCCGGCGCCGCGUUCGUGCUCGAGUCCAAAGGGACGUGGUGGCACGCGGGGUUCCACCUCACGACGGCCAUCGUGGGGCCGACGGUGCUCACGCUGCCGUACGCGCUCCGCGGCAUGGGCUGGGGGCUCGGCCUCGCCGCGCUCACCGCCGUCUUCGCCGUCACCUUCUACGCCUACUACCUCGUGUCCAGGGUGCUCGACCACUGCGAGGCCGCCGGCCGACGCCACAUCCGCUUCCGCGAGCUCGCCGCCGACGUCCUCGGAUCGGGAUGGGUGUUCUACGUGGUGGUGAGCGUGCAAACCGCCAUCAACGCCGGCGUUACCACCGGGAGCAUCUUGCUUGCCGCCGACUGCCUCAAGAUAAUGUACUCUGACCUGGCACCGGACGGCCCGCUGAAGCUGUAUCAUUUCAUCAUCAUCGUGGCCGUGGUGCUGGCCUUGCUCUCGCAGCUGCCGUCGUUCCACUCGCUGCGGCACAUCAACCUCGGCUCCCUCAUCCUCAGCUUCGCCUACACCAUCCUCGUCUCGGCUGCCUGCAUCCGAGCUGGCGCGUCGAGCAACCCUCCGGCGAAGGACUACUCGCUGAGCUCGUCCAAGUCGGAGAAGACCUUCAACGCAUUCCUCUCCAUCUCCAUCCUCGCCUCCGUCUUCGGCAACGGCAUCCUGCCAGAAAUCCAGGCCACGCUGGCGCCGCCGGCCGCCGGGAAGAUGACCAAGGCCCUGGUGCUCUGCUACGCGGUGGUGUUCUUCACCUUCUACCUCCCGGCCAUCACCGGCUACUGGGCGUUCGGCAACCAGGUGCAGUCCAACGUGCUGCAGAGCCUCAUGCCGGACGAAGGCCCGUCCCUGGCGCCGACGUGGCUGCUGGGCCUCACCGUCGUCCUCGUCCUCCUCCAGCUCCUCGCCAUCGCGCUGGUGUACUCGCAGGUGGCGUACGAGAUCAUGGAGAAGAACUCGGCGGACGUAGCCCACGGCCGGUUCUCGCGGCGGAACCUGGCGCCCCGGGUCGCGCUCCGGACGGCGUACGUCGCGGCGUGCGCGCUCGUGGCCGCCGCGCUGCCAUUCUUCGGCGACAUCGUCGGCGUCGUGGGCGCCGUGGGAUUCAUCCCGCUCGACUUCAUCCUCCCCGUCGUCAUGUACAACAUGGCGCUGGCGCCGCCCAGACGCUCGCCCGUGUACCUGGCCAACGUCGCCAUCAUGGUCGUCUUCACCGGCGUCGGCGUCAUCGGCGCCGUGGCGUCCGUGCGGAAGCUCGCGCUCGAUGCUGGCAAGUUCAAGCUCUUCAGUGACAACGUCGUGGACUGAUGAUUAUAUUUGUGUUAGGCCAGUAGGGAAGAUUUCAUGUCGCAGUUACUAAGACGUGAAACUUUAGGCUGAAAUAAACAUCUCUCUCAGUGUAUAGUUUCAUUGCACUGUUUCACCAAA